AGCUGGGCCGUUCUCACUUGGCUCAAUUUCACACGUACAAUGGCCUCUUCUUCAGCUUUACCUGAGCGUGAUACGCUCACACAGCGUGGCGCCAAGACCAGUUCUGUGGGCGACUCUACGAACUCCAACCUCGUGUCGAAUAACCAUGCCGAUCUUGAUUUGAAUCCUCGCGCGGGUACCCUCGCCGACCUCCAACCAGACUUUGUCCUCUCGGUGCUCUACAGCAACGACAACGGCACGGUUACGGCCGCGGCCACCGCGGACUUCGAGCGUUUGCUCACAACGCUCGACGGCCUCGGCUUCCAGUUCCAGGUGAAACCUGGCUCCGCGCAGACGGUGCUCGUGUUCAUUCGCCUCGCACCGCAGGCUUUGCACGCGGCAGUCGCAGCUGCGCGUACCCACGACCUCGCGGCGGGUGUUGCGUCCUUCACGUACCCGGCCGAACCCUCGGCCAGCGAGCGGUUGCGCGUCGCUCGCGGCUUGAUCACCGCCGCCGGGAUAACGCCGGGCGUCGGCAACUGGAACUUUGUGCGCUGCUUAACGGCGCUCCACGACACGGCCGCAAACUACCGUGUGCUUGUCGGUUGGGCGCAUGGCGCGCGUGCGUUCUUCAGCGCCACCGACGCGCAGUGCGAGCACGUACGCGACGCGUACGGCCCGGCACUCGCGUUGUACUUCUACUUCGCGCGCCACUUCAUCACGUGGCUUGGGCCCUUGGCCCUUGUGGGUGCGGCCAACCACCUCCUCGUGGGCCGCUACUCGCCCCUUUUUGCACUCACGACCCUCGUUUGGUCUGUCGCGUUUUACCACUCCUGGCGGCAAAGACUGCAAAACCUCACUGCCCGGUGGGGAAUUAUUGGUAACGACGCCACCCCGCUCCCUGCUUCCCCAUCGACUCUUGCUGACUCCACCUCCUUCUCCGAUGUCGCCGUUAGACAGCUUGCGAUUGUGCCCCUCGCGCUUUCCGUUACCUUCAUCCUCUUUUCCUACCAGCUUCUCUGCUUUGCCACCGAGAUCUUCCUCACCCAGGUUUACGCCGGACCGCUUCAGCGGUACCUCUCGCUCAUCCCUACCGGGAUGAUCGUCGUGUUUGUCCCCGUGCUUAAUCUCUUCUACGGUAAGGUCAUCGACGCGGUGUGUGGGUGGGAGGGCCACACCACCGUGGAAGGCCUCCGUGCCUCCAAGGCACACAAGCAGUUUGUCGUUACUUUCCUCACGUCGUACGUGCCGUUGCUUCUCUCGGCAUUCCUCUACCUUCCGUUUGCCCACCACGUCGGUGCGCACCUUGCGAGUGCGCAGCGCCUCGUGCCCACGCUCCUCUCCACUAGGCUCGGCGUGUCCAUCACGCCUCAGUUCACCGUCAAUGCGGCGCGCUUGGCCACGCAGUACCACUACUUCCUCUUCACCAAUAACGUGGUCGGUUUCGCUACGCUGUUCUUUCUUCCCAUCGUUGUGCGCCAUGCCUUGCCUAAGGCCAAGACCUUGGCGUCGGGUGAGCCUGCCGUGUUUGAUGACGGUGUGGACGCGGAGUACCUCGCGGAUGUACGCGCACAGAUCGAGCUCCGCGCGUACGACGUAUCCGAGGACUACACCCAGACGGUUGUCCAGUUUGGCUACCUCGUGAUGUACGCGCCGGUCUGGUCGCUCUCUCCGCUUUUUGUGCUCGUGUUUGCGCUCUUCCAGUUCAAGGGUGACUUGUUCAAGGUCAUGACCCAGGUUCGUCGCCCGCUCCCGGAGCGCGUCGUUUCCAGCGCGCCAUAUGAUUCCUACGUGAUUUUGCUCGCGUGGGUUGGUUCUAUCACCUCCACCGCGAUCACCGCUAUGUACCGUGUGCCGCCAAAGGUUGCGUACGCGCAGCCGUUCACCGCGAACGAGCACACGAGCUUGUACACCCGUGGCGCUGCGAACGUAGGAAUCGCGCCCUGGAAGCUUGCACUCGUGGUCUUUGCGGUCGAGCACGUCUUCUUUGGACUCAAUGUGUUUUUCAGAGCCGUCUACGCGCACUUCCGUCCGCAGGACGCCGUAGACUUGGAGCGCCGCGUAACCGUCGCGCGCGCAGAAUUUGUCCAGGCGCACAAGCGUGAUUUAGUGCAUGAGAACGUCGACGACUCGUCUCUCGAUAGCUCUUGGCUUAGUGCCGCUGAUGCUGCUGCUGCUGCUAAGGCUGAUUAUUUAAUACGUUCCAGACUAAAAUGACUGUAGAAGGGAUGUGAUUUCAGUGGAACCAUCGUUCUCUCGAGAGGUGACGGUUUUAUAGGAUCCGUGUAAAACCAGGAUGGAGUGCUGAGGAUUUCAAAACAGGAAGAGGCCGUCUAGUAACGGCAGAUUGACUUGAGAUAAAAAAAAAGGGUAAUUAGAUUCAGGUGCGGUUUCUUUAUUGAGAGAAUAUAUGGAGCUUAUUGAAUGAGAGGUAGAAUAGCUUUACGGAACAAAGAGUCCCAGGCAUCUGAAUUGAGAUUCCCAAUUGACGAAAC